AUGGCAGAACUCCCAUCGUUGGUGCGCGUCAAGCGCAAGCGUGGCGAAGAGCCCACGGCCGACUUGUUCCUCGAAGAACGGACCCUGAAGAAGCAGCAGGUGUGGCAGUUCCGUCUGCAGCAGACACACCCCUCGCAGCUGCCAUCUGACACGCCAAACGGCGGUGUGUCCGGAGCCUCCAUUCCGUCCAGCGCCGUAGACCACUUCCAGCAAGAGCAGCAGCAGCACCACCUCCAACAGCUCCAGCAAGACACCCUGGUCCGUCGCGAGUUUCGCCUUGCCCGCCCGACUCGCCCUCUCCACAGGCGCAUCGAAUCCGUCCGGAAGCGCAAAGCCCAAUUGGACCUCCACGACAUUCCCACCUUCGUCGAAGCCACUCCUAAGCGACGCCGUGUCGGUCAGGAGGAUGCUCCUCAAUCCGUGGCAGACACCCCUGUCUCCACCCCCAGCACACUCAAAAGACCCGGCGCAAGCUCCAGGCUAAAGAAACCCACUGCCGAAGCGCUCUUCCAGAGUCCCGCAAACCCGCCUCCGGAUCGUCUCGCCGACGCCCUUCAUCGUUUCGCACUAGAGGAGGAGGCUCGCGAAGAAGCCCGCAUAAAGCCGAAGGUCACCGUUAUCCCUAAGAAGCCCGUCCAAAGAUACCGUGAGCGCCAUCCCGAGCAGUUUGCUGCUCAGGCGCAAAAGACCAACAAGACAGAAGAAGAUGUCGACAUGAUGAGCGACGACGAUGAUUAUGUCUACGAUACAUAUAUCCGCACAAAAGACCCUGUGGUCCCCGCAAAUCUCGAAUCCGAAGAUCCCUCCAACAUCCAGGUUGGCUACAUUGUCAUCUCCGAAGAGGACCAGCCUCUGUGGGAGACGUACUUUGAAGACGACGCUGAAAGCGACAAAGAGUUCGAGACCGACGACGAGGACGAGAACGGUUAUUAUGCCGCUGAUUAUCCAGAGGACGAGGUCGCUUCUGACGACGAAUACGACCGAGGCGCAUACGGCUAUCGUCAUGGAGGAUCUGACAAUGAGCAGUGGGAGUCGGAUCCAGAUGAGUGGAGCGAUGGCGAUGAAGCAAUGCAGAAUCCCUGGAAGAAGUUCCCUUGGAUGCGCUCUUCCCAGGGUGCUGCCGGCGAGCAAGACGACGAAGAGCUUUGA